AUGUCAAACGUUCCACAGAAUAUGCGACAACUUCGCGCAUGUUUGAUCUGUUGUAUGGUCAAAAACUAUGAUCAAUUCCGACGACAAGGUUGCGACAACUGUGAAGAUUUCUUGCGAUUAAAGGGGGAUCCCGCUAGGAUUUAUGAUUGUACGACUUCUAGUUUUGAUGGAUUAAUGGCGAAUAUGCGACCUGAACAAUCAUGGGUCGCGAAAUAUAAGGGACUACAUGAAUAUGUAAAAGGCGUUUACGCAGUAAAUGUUACUGGUCGACUUUCAGAUGAAAUAGCGGAUGAAUUGGAGUCACAGGGUAUACGUGUCAUAUCGCGCGAAUAA